AUGUCCAUGGAACAGAAACAAGACGAAGAACGUGAUGCGGGGGCGCAGAAUGAGUACAGGCCAAGCCAGCGCCUUUGGUCUAUGAUUGUCAUCAAGGCGGAGGACAAGGUCUUUCGCGUUUACAGCGACCUGCUAUCGCGACAGUCCUCGAUAUUCAGAGAUAUGCUCGCGAUGCCCCAGUCGGACCAGGUGGAGAAGAUCGAUGGGCAUCCGUACGUCGAAGUGCAGGACUCCGCGUCGGACAUGGAGAUGUUCCUGAACGCGCUGUGUAUCCCGAAUUACUACGAUGAGGCUAUAACUUUAUGGCGCUCCCCAUUCAAGAAAGUCCCUGAACCUUCACAUGAUGACGGCAGACAGGGCGUGCGGGACUGGGAAACAGAACACGUUUCCUACCCAGCAUUCCUGUCUGCCGUGGUCAGACUCAGUAUCAAGUAUGAUGUGCCCGUCCUCAGGCGUCGUGCUGUAAGGCACCUAACGUCGAUCUGGCCUACGGAGCUGGAGGGAUGGAAGCUAGAGCAUACAGAUUCGCGCCGUGAAACUGGAAGCUAUAUAUUCAAGAUUGCACGAGAGUGCGAUCUUCGCGCGCUCCUACCGAGCGCCUUGUACAUCCAUUGCGACAUAAACGACAACGCCGACCUCCCGUCUCCUAUCAGUGAGGAUCCAGCCGACAUCACCCGGUGUGCCUUUGGUCGUCAAAGGAUUAUGGGUAGGUGGCGAAGACUGGUUUACGAGACAAUAUCGGAGGAAUGUUCUUCCUACUCUCGGACGUCUUGCAAGCAGGCACGGCUUGCCUGGCUUACUGGAAAUUCCCUGCCUCGACUUCUGUUUGACGGGAGUGAGGCCUGGCACGACUACCUGUCUGUGCCGACAGGGGAGUGGCUGCGCGAUGUAGGACAACUAUGCAGCGACUGCCAAGCUGCGUUGCGACAACGCGUCGACCAAACGAAGAAGAGGGUCUGGUCCGAUUUGCCAGUUUUCUUUCAUCUUCCGUCCUGGAAUGUGCUUUUAGAGGAGUUUAACGCACACGUCCAGGGCUAA